AUGCUACUCGAAACUCCAUUUACAGUCCGCAAAAUCACCACCACAACACCUCCAUUAAAAACAUAUGCCUAUACUGCACAAGUAAAGAGGUCGACACCGACUUGGACGGGUACCCAAGCGAAUACUGUAGCGAUGGGUGUCGUCGAGAAGCUUCAGUCGCUGGCCUUGCAAACCCACCAUGUACACAAUGUGGAGUCUUUCCACAAAUUACAAAAUCAGUUUACUGUGGCUGGUCGAGGUGUCGAUAAACCUGUGUUUCAACGUUCGCUAUGGUGCUCGAUAAAAUGUCGUAAUUUGACACCAAAUUGGCAAUCGUUAGUUGUUGAGCGAAGCAGUCAAUUAUGCUUGGUGUGUAAACGAGAGAAUGCAUUACAAAGCAGAGAUAUUUGUAGUGAUGCAUGUCAGGAUUAUAUAACUCGUACAGCUCCGUGUCUUUUAAAUUUACCGACGAAUGGGCAAAAAUUCAAAGACAUAUCCAAUCAGUUUGUAAAAACAUGGAAACAUGCACAUAAACCAGUUCCAGAUGUGACUUCCGUCUGGAAAAUUUAUUGUGGUGAGGCGAUGAAUAAUCGUUACAACGCAUAUCGUGAUGCUGUUGAGCGUAAACAACAAUUAGCUGGUAAACCGUUCCCAAGAGGUGAUGGAAUGCGAAGACGAGAAAUGACAGCUGGUAACGAACAACGGAGAUUUCAUGGAACAAAAAUGAAUUGCUUCAUUGGCUUAUUAACAUCCGCAUCACUAUGCUAUGAUAAUACUUGUGCAAUAUGUUGCAUUAUUAGAGAAGGCUACAAAUUAAAAUUCGUCGGAACAGGCGAAAUAAGUCUCGCAUUCCAACGUUUUGGUCGAGGUCUUUAUUUCUCGGGCACAUCAUCAAAAUCGGAUGACUACAAUGAAAAAUCCUUGAAAAGUUAUAACGGACUAAAGUAUAAAGCAAUGCUUUUAAAUAAAGUAGUAGUGGGCAAAGGAUUCCCACAAACUGUGGACGAUACGAAUCUUGUGAAACCACCAAAUGACUACGACUCGAUUCUUGGCGAACCGAGUCCAACCGGAAAUCUAAAUUAUGAUGAGGUGGUCGUGUAUAAUGAGGCUGCAUGUUUACCACAAUAUUUAAUUAUAUAUAGGGUGUAA